AAGGAGGCCGCCAGCGGUCCCCGGGACUGCAGCGCGAGGCGUCUUGGCGGCAGCGCCUGUGCCGCGGGCCGGGCACGUCUUGGCGGCGGCCUCGCCCUCCGCUCGCGCUCCUGCGCGCCGCCCGCAGCCCCCGCAGCCCGAGGAUCGGAGCGGCCGCGCCUCCAUGACAUUGGGCGCCCGGGGCGCGGGGAGAUGCUGAUCCGGAAGAGGCGACGGCUGCACUGCAGCGCGCGCGGUCGCUCCCGGGCCGCCGUCCGGCCUGGGCUGCUCGGUCCGAGUUUCUGAUCUCCCGCGAGCCGGCCCCGGUGGAGCCCCAGCGACAGCGCGGCGCCGUCCGCAGCGACCUCACUUGUACGCGCGGAAGGAUCCCAGACAUUUCACUAAGAUGAACGUGCUUAGCGGGAAGAGAUGCGUUCCGUUCACUAGAAAUUACCCCGUCACAUGUAGUGGUGUCCCAAUUAAUGGAUUCUGACAUGGAUUAUGAAAGGCCAAACGUAGAGACCAUCAAGUGCGUUGUGGUGGGGGACAACGCCGUGGGCAAGACCAGGCUCAUCUGUGCCCGUGCCUGCAAUGCCACCCUCACCCAGUACCAGCUGCUCGCCACCCACGUGCCCACGGUGUGGGCCAUCGACCAGUACCGCGUGUGCCAGGAGGUGCUGGAACGCUCCCGAGACGUGGUAGAUGAUGUCAGCGUCUCCCUGCGCCUCUGGGACACUUUUGGAGACCAUCACAAAGACCGUCGCUUUGCUUAUGGGAGGUCCGAUGUGGUGGUUCUGUGCUUCUCCAUUGCCAACCCCAAUUCCCUCCACCAUGUCAAGACCAUGUGGUACCCAGAGAUCAAGCACUUCUGCCCCCGAGCACCUGUCAUCUUGGUGGGCUGCCAGCUGGACCUGCGCUACGCCGAUCUGGAGGCUGUCAACAGAGCCAGGCGCCCCUUGGCUAGGCCUAUCAAGCCCAAUGAGAUCCUUCCCCCAGAGAAGGGUCGGGAGGUGGCCAAGGAGCUGGGCAUCCCCUACUAUGAGACCAGCGUGGUGGCCCAGUUCGGGAUCAAGGAUGUCUUUGACAAUGCCAUCCGGGCCGCGCUCAUCUCCCGCCGCCACCUGCAGUUCUGGAAGUCCCACCUCCGCAAUGUGCAGCGGCCUCUGCUGCAGGCGCCCUUCCUGCCUCCCAAGCCCCCACCCCCCAUCAUUGUGGUGCCUGACCCCCCCUCCAGCAGUGAGGAGUGCCCCGCCCACCUCCUGGAGGACCCGCUCUGCGCGGACGUCAUCCUGGUGCUGCAGGAGCGGGUGCGCAUCUUUGCCCACAAAAUCUACCUCUCCACUUCCUCCUCCAAGUUCUACGACCUGUUCCUCAUGGACCUGAGUGAGGGGGAACUGGGGGGCCCCUCGGGGUCAGGGGGCCCCCGCCCAGAGGACCUCCGGGGCCACCCUGAUCAACACCACCACCACCACCACCAUGGGCGGGACUUCCUGCUUCGGGCAGCCAGCUUUGACGUGUGCGAGAGUGUGGACGAGGCUGGGGGCUCUGGUCCUGCUGGCCUCCGGGCCUCUACCAGCGACGGGAUCCUCCGGGGUAACGGAACAGGGUACCUGGCAGGCAGGGGUCGUGUGCUCUCUUCCUGGAGCCGAGCUUUUGUGAGCAUCCAGGAAGAAAUGGCAGAAGAUCCUCUGACCUACAAAUCCCGGCUGAUGGUGGUGGUCAAGAUGGACAACUCCAUCCAGCCGGGGCCCUUCCGGGCUGUUCUCAAGUACCUGUACACGGGGGAGCUGGACGAGAAUGAGCGGGACCUCAUGCACAUUGCCCACAUUGCUGAGCUGCUAGAGGUCUUUGAUCUGCGCAUGAUGGUGGCCAACAUCCUUAACAACGAGGCCUUCAUGAACCAGGAGAUCACCAAGGCCUUCCAUGUCCGCCGGACCAACCGGGUUAAGGAGUGCUUGGCCAAAGGCACCUUCUCAGAUGUGACCUUCAUCCUGGAUGAUGGCACCAUCAGCGCCCAUAAGCCCCUAUUGAUUUCCAGCUGUGACUGGAUGGCUGCCAUGUUUGGGGGGCCGUUUGUGGAGAGUUCCACCAGGGAGGUGGUGUUUCCGUACACAAGCAAGAGCUGCAUGAGGGCUGUGCUGGAAUACCUCUACACUGGCAUGUUCACCUCCAGCCCCGACCUGGAUGACAUGAAGCUCAUCAUCCUGGCCAACCGCCUCUGCCUGCCACACCUGGUUGCCCUCACAGAGCAGUACACAGUGACCGGCCUGAUGGAAGCAACUCAGAUGAUGGUGGACAUCGAUGGGGACGUCCUUGUGUUCCUGGAACUGGCUCAGUUCCACUGUGCAUACCAGUUGGCCGACUGGUGUCUCCACCACAUCUGUACCAACUACAACAACGUGUGCCGCAAGUUCCCCCGAGACAUGAAGGCCAUGUCCCCAGAAAAUCAGGAGUAUUUCGAGAAGCACCGGUGGCCGCCCGUGUGGUACCUGAAGGAGGAGGAUCACUAUCAGCGGGCACGGAAGGAGCGCGAGAAGGAGGACUACCUCCACCUGAAACGGCAGCCCAAGCGGCGGUGGCUGUUCUGGAACAGUCCCUCCUCGCCAUCCUCCUCCGCAGCUUCCUCGUCAUCCCCGUCUUCCUCCUCAGCUGUGGUCUGAGAUAAUGCCACCCUCUCCUGACCCUGCUGCUGUUGUCCCCAUCAGCCUCUGCCCCUCUGCUCUUCUGCGUCACCCUCUCCACCUUACAGGGCCAAGGGGACCCACGUAACCAGGACCCAAAGGGCGGAGCUGUUCUCACCAGCCACGUGGCUCAGCCAGGAAGGAGCCGGGCCCUGUGGAUCAGAACAGGGACCACCUGCAGAGGUUGCCAGCUCCAAAGCAGGGCAGGGGACAACCGCGGGGGGAGGGGGGCAGAAGCAGAGGAAGAGCGCAGAGCUGUGGCAUUUUAUAUCUCUGGGGUUGGGAACCCUCGAAUUGAAGGGAAAAGCCUCCCAGCUGUGAGGGCUUCUAUGGGUGUCUUGGUCUCUGCUCUGGGCAGGGAGGCAGCCCCCGCUCCCAGGGAGCAGCGAGCGUCCUGCAUCUGUUGAACAUGAGGCUAACAAAUGCCUUGUGGGCAUGUCCACAGGGAGCUUACUCAAACCCUCACGGGAGAAGUCAGGGUGGAAAUGAAGCCUCCAGAGCCCAACUCAAGGCUUCUGCAUCCUGGGUGCAGCCGCCACGCAUGGGAAGGCCUGCAUCCUGCCAACAUCCCUCCCAGGGCCGCUGACAGUGCAGGCCGGGUAAUGGUGGCAGAGGUGAGAAGCCUCUCCCUUGCCCCUCCUUCACCCCUCGGAUUCGCAGAUGGGCGCGGAAGGAAACAGCUGGGAUGGGGAGGAAGGAAGGGGGUGCUGGGGUCUGUGGGCAGCAGUCUCAUGCUCCUCUGGGUGCCUUCCCCUGCCUCCAAGUAGCACCGCUUUUUAUGGGAUAGGGCAAAAUUAGCAACAACGACAAACUGGAAACAAAACAAGAUCACCACCAACAAAAACUAUCCUCCCAAAGAAGGAAACAUGAAAAGACCUGAUAUAGCUUAUAUGUUUAUAAAGCCAAAUGGAGGCCCCGUGACGAUGAAGCAGAGGUUUAGGUGUUGUAGCAUCCACUCCAAUGCCUUUCAGGAAAGGGCUGGUCACCUUCUCUGGUGGAGGAUGCCCUGGUCCUGCUGGGGGCCUCCGAGGGCAGCAUGUGUUCCUGGCCUUCAGCUUGCUGGUGACUGAGGGGUUGGGGUUGGUGGGCGGGAUGGGUUUGGUCUCAGGGCUCAAACCUCACUGUCCCUCUUGAGAAUGGCUGCCCUCCUCACCUUCAGAGGGGGACCCCAUGGGAUGCUUAUUGUGUAUGUUUCGGGGUGGUGGGGUUAGGGUCAAAGGUCAGAGAAAAAGACAGAGCUAGAGAACAAGAGUCCCCUGUCAUGAAGAGUCAUAGGACAUAAGCCUUACCUAGUGCUGGUUUGAGGUAAAAGAGCAAAAGAAAGGGGAGAGUUGGCAGGAGAAAAUGCAAGGUGACCCCACAGAGUAAGAAGGACGAGACUAGAGGACUGGGGGGUUAGCUCAGUGGCUUGCAGCCCCCCUGGGGCCACAGCUGACCCCUUCCCCAUUUUCUAACCCUGAUCCAUGUUUCAUCCUGUCCACCCCCCUACUCCAACCCUUUUUAGAUUUAAGAGAUGCAGUGCCAUUGCUGAAGGGCAGAGGUGGGAGGCAGUGGGGUCAGGGGCUCAGAGUUCAGCUGAGAGGGACUGACUUCAGGUCCCAGGGUCCUGGGUGGGCUCCACCAUCAAAAUGCUGGUUAAGUUUGGAACAGAGCAAACCCAGAAACAAAGGCAGUGAUCAUGUGGUGCCAAGACCUAAGAGCUGAGGUCAAAUCCUCAUCGAGAGAAAGAGCAUGUGGACGCAGGACAAGCAGGUCUAGUGUUGGGAUUCACCCAUGUUGUCCAAACCCGGGGGCCCUCCAAGGCUCUGGCUGCCUCUGCUCCAACUCCUCCAGGGUGGCUGUGGGGGAGCUGGUUGUGUGCUGCCCUCUACUGGCUGGUCAGUCUUCCUGCAGCUGAGCUCACAGCCGGUGGCUUCAAGGCUGAUGUUGAGGAGCCUUGGGCAGAGGGGGAGCAUCCAGGUGGUGAGCCCAGCGCAGCACCCACACCUUCCCUCUGGGGAAGAGGAUGGUGUAGAGGCUCAUCUGAGCCAACGGGCCUCCCAGGAACUGUAGGUGAGAGCAAGAGCUGGGUCCUAGAGAGCAAGGGGAAGGGGAAUGGGUCUCCCAGGAGCUUGCAGGGAAUGAGGAUGCAGGAAAGGCCUUGGGGAGAGAAAGAGUAGGAGAGGACACAGGAGAGUGGCCACAGAACUCCCCAGCAGCCUGGGCCUGCUCAACCCUCAGGGACCCCACUGCCCCUUUCCCAGCAGCCCUGCUGGAGCCCAUCUGUGCCAGGCUGGAACCCCCCAGCCUCAGGUGCAGCCCAGAGAAGCCCCCCUGGGAAGCUGGGGGUAAGCAAGGUCAGCCUGGUAUCCCUGUCCCCAGUGGGAAAGGCAGGCAGGAGAGGGAGGGGGAGGAGGUGCUGACUUCCAGUCCCCCAUGAACUUGGCACUUGGGAGUCCAGGGAGUCAGAGCAGGAAACACCCCCAGGCAGGGCAAGUCUGGAGGCCUAAAGGAGGACUUGGAACGAAGGAGCUGGUCACACGGCAGAAACACACACCCCUGGACUGUUUCAGAGGGAGGAUGGGAGAUGGGGCGAAAAACAAACAAAUGAAAAACCCACACCUCUUUUUAUAUAAGGUUUCAUAUUUAAUUUGGUCAUGAAUUCAUAAAUA